AUGGAGCACGAAGGUAGCGGCGGCGGGGCGGCAACAGGACUCUUGCAGCAGAUCCUCAGCCUGAAGCUAGUGCCGCGGGUGGGCAACGGGACCCUGUGCCCCAACUCCACUUCUCUCUGCUCCUUCCCAGAGAUGUGGUAUGGUGUGUUCCUGUGGGCCCUGGUCUCCUCGCUCUUCUUUCAUGUCCCUGCUGGACUGCUGGCCCUCUUCACCCUCAGACACCACAAAUAUGGUGCAGCAAUUGCUGGCGUUUACCGAGCGGCAGGAAAGGAAAUGAUCCCAUUGGAAGCCCUCACCUUGGGCACUGGACAGACAUUUUGUGUAGUGGUGGUGUCCUUUCUCCGGAUUUUAGCGACUCUAUAG